AUUCCAAAGUCCUCUACCCAACCAACCGUUGUGUCAUCUCCCCGGCACCCACACUGCUAUUUCACCCAGUCUAACUUGUUGUUCCAGGAAAACGAUUUGAUAAGAAGGAAACGCACGACCGCCCCCCGCGUUUAAAAGAACGGAACCAGGACCUGGUGACGUCGGUGGGCGACUGUGUUUCAGUCAGUGAAGAAAAAGAAAUGGCGAUGCUCGGAGGUUUCAGCGCCGCACAGCACAAGAAAAACGUCUCGGACGGCGGCAGCGACGUGUCGGAGUUCGUGUGUCCGGUGUGUCUGGAGAUCUUCGACUGUCCCGUCAAAACACAAUGCGGACAUACGUUUUGCCAGAGUUGUCUGCAGGAGUGUUUGCGACCACAGAAGCCCGUGUGUGCCGUGUGUAGGGCCACACUGGGCCACUGGACUAAAGCUGCCGAUCUCGAGGCACUCAUCCAAUCAUCCGUAGCGACCUGUAAGGGAUGCGGCGCGCAGAUUGGCCUUUCUCAGAUGAGAAGCCACACAGCUGCUUGUUCAAAAUACCAGGACUACAUUGAGGAGGGAGUGAGGACCACUGCGCAGAGCCAGCCUGCCAUCAUCAGUCCAUUGCCAAACCGCUACACGUUCACCUGCCCAUACUGCAGCUGCCAGAACCUGGACCAGGACGGCCUGGUCGAACAUUGCACUUCCCAGCACUCCAGAGACGCACGCCAAGUUGUGUGCCCCAUCUGUGCCUCAAUGCCCUGGGGCGACCCUAAUUACAGGAGCGCAGACUUUCUCCAGCACCUGAAGAUCAGACACACCUUCUCUUAUGAUACCUUUGUUGAUUACUCCACAGAUGAGCACACAAUGAUCCAGGAGGCGCUACAGCGCUCCCUUCUGGACAACUGAAGCACGAGGAGAAAUGAAGCAAAGGAGAUCGAUAUAGUGAAGUCUUGAGAAGACGCAACACACUUAAAUCAUCAUUCAUCUGUCAUGAGGAUGGUGGUACUGUAUUACUACUAUGGGUAAUCGGUUUCACAGGGAAUUGGUCUUGUAACUAUGACUCUCUAUAGGAUAAUUAUUCAGAUAAUAAAUCAAGCAAUAUGGCUUAAAAAAGCAUAUUGUGCCAUCUGAUUUAGGAGUGAUGCCGUGUUUCUGGUGUAAUAAUCUCUAAUACCCCCCACCCCCUCCCAGUGGAGCGUGUAGAAAUGAUAGUUUGUUGAAUAUCUAUUAAAAGGAUGUUUAUGAAGCUGUCCGUCGAUGACAUACUGUCAUAAAACUUCCAAAAUUGUUAUUAAACAAAAAGUUCCCCCGUUGUCAAUACUUGAUGUUAUGAAAGGGUUUGACCACUAGGUGGCUAAAUAUUGCCAGCAGACAACGUCACUUGGAGAAGUCAUCGGUCAAGUGAUGUAAACGAUAAUAUAUAAUAAUCUAGAAUGAGUGGUGAUGCAUGUUUAAUGUGAAAAGAAAACAGGAUUUCUUUGUUUUUUGAUUAUUAGCAGACUUUUUUUAUGCUGUUUCUGGGUGAAUUGUGUGUGUAUGUGAGAGAGAAAGUGUGUGUGUGUGUGUGUUGAUCGUUCUCAGAGAUCUACUGGAAAGAAUAAAUAAUGCAAGGGUCAAACAAAGCCACAGGUGGCUGUUCGCUUUAUUGAGAUGUUUCUCCCUUUUGUCUUUGUGCCUGCUGGUAGAUCUUGUUCCUGACUUCCAAAAAAGAAACAACAAAAAAAACAUCCCAUAGGGCUAAUAUAACGUCAUUCAUCCAACACGUGCAUGCAGGAUUGUGUAACAAUUGCUCUGUUUUCUGUUCUUUUCUUUUUUUUUUAAUAUGAUGAAUGUCUGUAUGUUUUAUGGCCACAGGAGGGCAGUAGAGCUCCAUCGUUCUGGAUGGAUGUUAACCUUCGCCGGCCUCCUGCUUCUGAUAGAACAUUGAACAGAUUUCAUACUUUAAAUGUUACCUGGUGUGUUAUUUUCUUUUUUUUUUUUAUUGUUCUAAUGCAGUCACAAAUUUGGAGAGUAAAGCAGAACUUCUCCGAGGGCUGGGUGAUUUGACCUUUAUUAAAUAUAACACAUUUCAUAUUGUUCAAUUUUACGAUAAUUAAUCAAUUCUGAGUGAAAGAAAGCAGCUGAUUGUGCUUCUGCGUCAAAACGUUUAUUUUUUGCUACUGAAUGGAAUCACAUUGUGAUCAUCUAUUGAAUUAUCGCCCAGCUCUAACUCUUAGCAGUUACAUGACUUAUAAUGUGUAGUUCAUUUGACGUAUCUCAAAAGAAGUGAUCACAAUUAAUUAUUUCUAUGCUUCUGAUAUAGAAGGAAUUGUUAUUUCUUUUCGCUCUGUGUUUUUAUUUCAUUUUAUUUUAUUUUAAUUCUUACAAAUGUAGAUUGUGUCUCUUAUUUUAAUUCCAUUAGUGUUUGUGUAAUUGUCACAAGACUUCAGCCACACUGUUGCAUCGUGUUUGUCUUCAACCAACAGGUAAAUAAAGCUGCACACACGCAGAACCCUAAAGACUGUUCCAUCCCCCCCCCACGUUAUCUGUGCGGCCACUUAGGCCUAAAUGUUCGUUAUUAUUCUCUCCAGUAAAAUGUGUAAUAAUGUUUUUGGUAUAUGUCUUUCUCAUGUAUGACGUUCAUUUUUUUUUUUUUUUUCCUCUCUUAAUAUAUCUCUCGUUCUCCGUUGUCAGCCCUACUGUCAGGAGGUGCUAAAUCCUGAUAAAUUAAACCUCUUUAAUUAUUUAAACCCUGGCCCCAGAAAUCAGGCACAGUGAUUUAUACCUGUGUGUAUGAGACGUGUGGGGGGGGGGGGGAAACAACACUCGCUGCUUUGAUGGAUGACCGCUGUGUGUGUGUGUGUGUGUGUGUUACAGGAAGGUAACGUGCCUCAGUUGAAACUGUCAUAAUCAAAAGGGAAAAAUGUGUGUGUUAGUGGGGGAAAAAGCAAAUUGUGGGGUGCAUUAAAGGGAUAGUUAGAUUUUC